GGCGUGACAGGCGCCGGCCCAUUCCCCAAGUUGCCGACGCAUUCUCAUGCAGCUCUUCCAAGUAACCGCGCUCUGCGCGCUGCUAUUCGCCUCGGUGGCGACGGCUGCCAACGUGACGACGACCGCACCGACCGAGACCGAAGCGCCGGCGCCAGUGGCCUGGAUCACGCCCUCGCCCAAGGAGCGCGGUCGCACCGCCGACGAACAGGCGGCCAUCGACGCGACCAAGAUGAGCACGGGCACAACGGUCGCGAUCUGCGGCUCGAUCACGGGCGUCGUUGCCCUCGGCGGCGUCGCGCUCUGUCUCGCCGAGAAGCGGCGUCGCAACACGCUGGACGCGCCGUUGGUGGCUUAAGUGGUCGCCCAAUACUAUGUAUGUAUGGAAAAAAGAG